AUGAAGAAGGUUACUAGUGUAGAGGUUGUGCAGGCCUACAUUGAUAGGAUACAGGAGGUGAACCCACUGCUCAAUGCUUUGGUCAAAGACAGGUUCUCAUUCGCCAUUCAGGAGGCUGCUCGUGCAGAUAAACUAAUAGAGGAGGAGAAUGGAGGAGAGGAAGGUCUGAGGAACCGAUUUCCUCUGCUGGGAGUUCCUCUGUCUGUUAAAGAGUCAUUCGCUCUACAGGGUAUGCCCAAUUCUGGCGGGUUGAAAUCCCGCGGUAAAGUACUUGCCAGUGUGGAUGCUCCUCCUGUGGCUCUGUUGAAGAGAGCUGGAGCAAUUCCUCUGGGAGUCACCAACACCAGUGAGCUUUGCAUGUGGAUGGAGUCCAGCAACCACCUCUAUGGGAUCACCAGUAACCCCUAUGACCUCGAGAGGAUGUGUGGAGGAAGCUCAGGCGGAGAGGGAAGCAUCAUUGGUGGUGGUGCAUCUGUGAUAGGCAUCGGUUCUGACAUUGGAGGAAGUAUCCGCAUGCCAUGUUUUUUCAAUGGGAUAUUCGGCCAUAAACCUUCAAAAGAUGUGGUGUCAAAUGACAGUCAGUUUCCUUCAUGCACGGGGCUCCAAAAUGACUACUCCGGUUCUGGUCCAAUGUGUCGCUACGCUGAAGACCUGCUCCCUCUUCUGAAGAUUAUGGCUGGACCCACUGCAGACAAGCUCUCCCUCUCAGAAGAGGUGGAACUGAAAAACUUACGUUUCUUCACUGUAGUAGAUGAUGGUGGAUCUCCACUGACAUCUCCAGUAGAUAACCAGCUCAUUCAAGCUCAAAAAAGGGUGGCUGCACGCUUAGAGGCAGAUCUGGGAGUUACGGUUAAGGAAGUUAGUUUUCCUCAACUCAAAUACUCUUUUCAGAUCUGGGACACAUUCUUGGCUCUACCUGACAAAGAUGGCAAGCCUCCACAGCCUUUUGUUGAGCUAAUGGCAGAUGGAGGCUCUGUGUGGCCUUUUUGGGAGCUGAUAAAGAGGAUUUUUGGAAGAUCUGAACACACUGUGGCUGCUAUUGGUUUGGCUCUGAUGGAGAGUUCGCACAGCUCUAAGCCAUCUCAGUUCAUCCUAAAACAAAUGGAAGAACUGCAGAAAGAGAUGGAGGAGCUGCUGGGGACAGAUGGAGUGCUGCUGUACCCCUCUCAUCCUCUACUCGCACCCAAACACCACCAUCCCCUUUUUACUCCAUACAACAUCGGUUACACAGGGAUCCUGAACAUCUUAGGCCUGCCGGUGACCCAGUGUCCACUGGGUAUGAGUAAGGAGCGAUUGCCUUUGGGCGUUCAGGUGGUGGCUGGGAAGCUUCAAGACCAUCUGCCUUUGGCUGUGGCGCUCUACCUAGAGAAGGCUUUUGGAGGCUGGGUCGAUCCUGGAAUGGCUUAAGCACUGAAGACACUGGAGAAAAUGCUGGAACUAUAGGCAUGGCAUAGCAUGUAAAAAGACAAUCUCAACCAACACUGCUUCAUCCAGUUCAUUUAAAGGGACAGGCACCCAAAAAAAAUCAUGUACUCAUGUCUCGUAUCGUUUCAGACCUUUAAGACUUUUUUUCUAUGAAAUAACAAAGAUAUUUUGUAGAAUGCUGGUAACCAAACA